UGAAAGAACUUCCGCACAGCCGCUUCGCGAGUUUGCGCACGCAAACGCACACGCAAAUGCAAGAGGGAAAAAAAAGAAAAGAAAAAAAAAACGCAGCCCGCCCUAACACGGCCAUGCGGCCAGGGGCAGCCAGUGAAAAUGCAACCAUACAUGAAAUAUAUGCGCGAGUGAGGAGGGAACGGCAGAGCUGGCUGUUUCUUUCAACCAAAUGGAGAAUAACAAUAAACGAGCAUUAGACAAGAGUGUCUUAUCGCAGGAGAAACAUUAAACACUUUAAGGUUGUCCACGAGAUUGCGUUAAAAAUAACUUUGUUGUUUAUGACUUUAGGAUUGUUUUCAGUUCAUCCACUCAACUUGUGUUGAUUCGUCGCUGCAUUUUUGGUGAAGUCUUACGUGCAGAGCAACAUUAACCAGCAGAACGACGCGAAGUAACAUUUUUUUUUUCGCAUUUGUGCUUGUGCUGCAGCUGCUAAUGUACAUCGUGGUCACGUGACGGAGCCUGAGCAGAGCCCCGUGUCAGACGCAUAGGAAGCAGCACAAGCGCUUUUCUGCAGCAGCACGUACGAAAUAAAAAGCGCUUUCACGCACAUAGGCGGUAAGAUUGCGUUUUCUUCAGCGUCUUUCGUCUUUCCGUGAACGCAUGCAUGCUUUAUAUGUGGAGAUGCAUGGGAGGCGAGCCCCGUUUCUUCGAGAACUGCCAUCAUCGACUGCGUAGAGCAGACGUGUGAAAAAUGAAUGUGAUGCUGUCUUGAGCGAAAGGCUGGUGGUGGGAGGCAAAGCGAGCACGUUCCAGAAGCACGAGUGCCUGUCUGUCUGAUAUUUGACGCUAACAGUUGUCGCAACUCAUUGGGGGAUAAAUAAGUGCUUUUAUGUAACACCAGUCAGGCUUUGUCUCAGUUCAGCUGUAUUUAUAAGAAACUCGGGCUGGCCAAGCCGCUCCACUUCACCACAAACAAUGCAUGUGUCCAUGGUUUAGAGGAAGAGGCCUCCACCACGCAAGUGUGACUCACAGAAACAGUCCACGAAGCAUGUCACUUAGAUAACACUUGGUGUAAGUUGCCAAUGCGCCUGAAAUUGCGCUAAUUCCAGUGCUGCGCCUUUGCGUGUAAACAGACGCAUGUAACAUGUGAGGCCAGGCGCAGACGUGUAGCUUCAGUAGACGUCAGAGUCGCCGGGACAAUCCCAUCCAGAUGUAAACAUCUGGCCUAGGUUUCCCCAAAAAUGUGCAAAAAGCUGUUCCCAUUUCCUCCGAUAGAGGUCGCCCAUUGUCCCAUCUUGAAUACACAGGGUAUUAGGUUAACAGAGGGGGCAUCAUGGAUGUGUCCAGCCACAGUCUAUUCCUCCUGCAGCAACUGAAUGUCCAAAGGGAGUUUGGGUUCCUGUGCGACUGCACUGUGGCCAUUGGCAACGUGUACUUCAAGGCCCAUCGAGCAGUGCUGGCUGCCUUCUCCAACUACUUCAAGAUGAUCUUCAUCCAUCAGUCCAGUGAGUGUAUUAAGAUCCAGCCAACAGACAUCCAGCCAGACGUCUUCAGCUACCUGUUGCACAUCAUGUACACAGGCAUGGGCCCUAAGCAGCCUGUGGAUCAGAGCAGAUUGCAGGACGGCAUCAAGUUCCUUCACGCAUACCAGCUGUGCCGCAAGACAGGUGAGGGCGGACCCGACGCCUCCUCUGACCCCAUCCGUUUGUCCAACCUUUACGGCAUCCAGAUCUCCUCCCAACUGACCGCCAAAGAGUCUUCGGGCCUGAAGGCGGCCAGUAGCUCGCGGGACACUGAGGAUGGGCGCUCCAGUGCCCGGGCUGACCGCUCUCAUGGCGGCAGGCCCACUCUGGCUCUGGGCCUGGAGGGCCUUCCGUUGGAGCGCUCGUCCCGAGGCCUUCGCACUGUUUCCUCUGUGGCAUCAGGGGACGAUUCAAACUCCCUUUCAACCAGGAUCAAGCAGGAGAGGGUGGAAGAGGAGGAGCAGGAGGAAGGGGAGGAGAACCAUCAGGCACCCGGCUCUCUCCCCUCAGCCCAGGGUAGCCCUUGUCCGGCAGCUCUCUUCAAGGAUGGUCCUUUGGCACUGCUGUGUCCACGUUGUGGCGAACGCUGCUUGUCGCCUGAGGGCUUGCAGGAGCAUCUUUUCACCCAUGCAGCCUGCACGCUGGAGCCCUCAAUCAGCAGUCUGAUGGAGGGAGGACCCUCUGAGGACGGAGGUGGAGAUGCCAGGGGAUCGGAAGAGAGACGGGCUCAGAAGGAGCGAGUGGACGGGGGCACUCUAGAGGAGGCCUUACGACAAAGUCAGGCGCUGGCCGACGAGUUGGCAGCCGAGUUGAGGCGGGGGGGCAGCAGCCCAACAGCAGGUUUCACCCGCAAGAGGAAAAUGGCCUGUGCAGUCUGCAACUUGCGCUUUUCCCACAAGAGCCAGUUGCAGGAGCACAUGUUUGCCCACGUGGGCAAGCCUCUACGCUAUCAUCGCUAUGGUCGCUUCUGCGGCCAGCUCCUCCAUGGCUGCGAGGGACCACCGGACAUCACGGCAACGGCUACAGCAGCCGAGGAGACUGUCCGGGACGCUCAGGACAAUGGCAGCUCCUGCUACUCGCUGGACUCUGAGGUGUCUCAGGAGAGCGUAGAUGCUGUGACUGUGGAGUGACACAUGGAUUCUUCAUUGACAUGCAGUCUCCAUUCAGCUUUGACCUCAGACACUGUCUCGUCUCAUGUAACUCCUGUUAGUACAUUUCAGUUCAAGAACUGCUGUUGACACUCUGUUGACAAGUUCAAUGUUAGUGUAUAGUCUGUUGUGGCUUGUGGCUGUAACUGAGCAACGCUGGACCGAGGAGCUAGAUGUUGUGUUUCGUUCAGUAAUACUGUAUUUUCUAAAACUGUAAUGACUGAUACCUGCACAUCAAACUAAACCAGCGCAGACAGUGAAUUUGAAAUAGGUUUCUAAUGAAAGUCAGAUUGCUGUUGUAAUGACUACAUAAGUACAGAAUCGUUUUCUUAAUGUUGUGUAGCCGGUAGAUUGAAUUCACAUUCAUGAUCAAUCCACUCUAAAAGAUAUGAGAUUAAUCCUCUGUGAAAUCUGGUUCAGUGCCUUAAAAUUAUUUGCCAAGCAACGCUAAAAGCACUAAAAGCACUUAAAGUGUUGCCCAACCAAAUCCGGCCUGUGGUGAAUCACAAAAAUAGCAUCCUUUCCCUCAUUCAUUGUAUGGUAUGUUGGUGUUACCACCUAAGUACAGUGCCUGAUUUUGUGAAAUGCUCUAAGAACUGGACUAAUGUAAUGGAAGAAUGGUGCUUUCUGCUUAAAUGAUUCUCUAAAAACCUGCCAAAGGUUAUAUUGUAUGGAACUGAAAGUAGUGAAAAACACUUUACUUGGUACCUCACCACAUAAACAAUCUUGCAUAAUUGGUAUUAUGUGUUUAUGCCACUAGAAGUGAAAAUGUCUCUCUAUAAUAAUGUCAAGGUUCAAAGGCUGCUGCAGUAACAUCACUGACUUUGUCACCUAAAACCACGCCAUCUUAAAGGUCACCUGUCAUCAGCACUGGGGAAAAAAAAAGUGUGUUACGUUCUGAGAGCUGACCUUUAUGUCUCUAAUGGAAUAGUAAAUAGCCAAUGAUGAAGAGGAUUCACUUUCUACUUGUGUCUGGAAAGUCCACAGGCCAGAUUUGAGUUGUAUUUUUUGAACACUCGAGAAGAGGUCAGUGUACUGUGAUGAGAAGUUUAAACCAGUGAAAAGCUAACGUCUGUGACACUUGUGUGACUCGUAGAGUGCAUUUUGAAUAGUCUCAUUAUGACUUUUAUUUAUCAGCACUGAGUAAUGUUGUGUAAUACUGUGUUCUGAUUAUUUUUUUAAAUAAAUGGCAUUUUCAGUGAA